AACGACCAGCCUUCUGGGAGGGGGAUCAGUCCUGCAGCGUGAAUUUAAGAAAGCGGCGCAGCACUUUGUGUUCCUGUUCCUACCUCCCCCCAAAAAACCACAAAUUUAAGGGUGCAGUCAUGAGUGCAGAAACGCACACUUGUUAUGAAGGCUGCAGUGUCAACAUCUUCCAGUUCUACCUGGAAAAGUCCGGAGAGCACGCAGCCAUCGUCAAGUGUCUGCAAAACGUCCUGCCUGCAGAAUUUCAGAGAAUUGGAGCUGGUAAAAGCACUCUGGAUGUUCUUGGUGUUGGGAGUGGGGGAGGUGAGAUGGAUGUUCAGAUACUCUCACUUCUGCAGUCGGCCUUCCCUUCUGCUCCCAUAACCGCUGACAUUGUGGAGGGCAGCUCUGAGCUCACAGCCAACUUCAAAGCUUUGGCAGCCAAGACUGCUGACCUUGGGAAGAUCCAGUUCUCUUGGCACAUCAUGUCCAGUGAGGACUAUCAGAAAGCAAAGGGAGGCAUAAAGGAAUUUGAUUUCAUACACAUGAUCCAGAUGAUCUACUAUGUAAAGAGCCUGGCUGAAAGUAUCAAGUUCCACCAUGGCCUCCUCAAAAACAACGGCAGACUCAUGAUCAUUGUUGAAGCAGCCAACAGUGGUUGGGACGUCCUGUGGAAGACUUACAAGAAGGAGCUGUGCGUCGGAAGCAUCACCGAGUACCGUUCAUCUGGAGAGAUCACUGCCUGCCUCAAGGACCAAAGCCUCAAAUUCGAGGAACAUCCGGUUCCCAACAGCUUUGACAUCACAGAAUGCUUCGACCGCAGCAGCGUACCUGGAGAACGUCUGCUGAGCUUCAUGACAGGAACAGAGCACUUCUACGAAUCCUUCAGCCCUGAGGUCAGAGCAGGCAUCCUGGACGUCCUCAGGAACAAGUGCAGCACUGAAAAGGACGGCAGGGUGUUCUUCAACAGCAAUCUAACUUGCAUUUUUGUUCAUGCUUAAGUUUGCUGACAAAUAUGCUCUUACAGUGUAUUUUAUGUCUUUCUACCCAGCAUGUUUGCCUUUUAGAACCAAUAAACACUACAUGUGUAAAUUCAGCUUCUGUUCUCGUUUGAAAAGGAACGCUUGCUUUUAAAUGCUCAAAUUCUAAAUUAGCUUAUUUUUGAAUAGUUUGAUCAGCAAGGGAACUGUUAAUGUCGUGAGGAAGAUGUGUAUUUAAAUGUAAGCUUUUGAAUAAAACUAUUGUAAUCAG